CAUCGACCUUGCUCACAACCCCUUCAAACACGAACCUUUCUCCACAGCGCAAUCUCUCUCCCUCUCCCUUCUUUCUCUUCGAUCACUUGUACCCCAAUUCAUGUAGACGCCUCUUUCUCUCUUUCUCUCUCUCCACCUAGAGCCUCUUGCUUUGUGUAAAUCAUGACUCUUAACUGCUUGAACUGUGGGCCUGCCUUGCAACGGACAGACUCAGACACACAGAAGAGGUAUGAAGAUAGGUCACGUUUAAGACUCUGUAGAGGGGUUGAGAGAAGCUGGUCUGGCAACUUGGCUCCACCCCCGUCACCAUACGGGUCAAUGAGACAUGGUUCGGCCAAGAAGGCCGGGAAGGGUCAUCGCAGGCUCAAUAGUGUAGGAGAGGAGCCCAAAUUGAUACGAAGUGGUGGAAUGAGAAGGGAUUGGAGCUUUGAGGAUCUGAGACAAAGAAGAGAUGAGAAGAGAAUACUGCUCAAUAAGGCCUAGUACUUUUUCUUCUUUUUCAAUAAUUUUCUACCUUUUGUUUUUUUAUUUUCAAAUUGUCAUAUAUGUUGCUGGUUGUAUGCUCAGGCAAUGGAGAUUAACAGAUGGGACUUACUGAAGUUCGUCUCAUGGUUGGAGUGGGGGUUGCAAUUUGUAUUCUAUUUUUUUUUUCUUCUUUAAAUUUAUUCCUUUCUUUUGGCCCCUUAAUGGUUCGUUUUGUACCAUUUCUCAAUUUAUCAUGCUUCUUGUCUGCAUUUCUGUGCA